CACGUGACCGGUGUUUCACCCUUCUAUUAAUUUAUCUAUUACUAAUUAUGCUAUUACCUCAUACGCGCCCGCAUUACCUACCGGUUGAGGAUUCUACAGUACUUCAUAUAGAUCAUAUUUUUGCUCUUUCUCCAUUCAUAAUGUAUUUAUCGAUAUUCUUGCGAAGAAUUUAUGCAAAUCUUUUUAAAGUAAGUUUAUUAUUUUGAUUAUUUUACACUUGCUAGCGACAGUAGUUGAGCCCCCUGUGGUAUCAGCGAAAAAUGCUUAAAAUGCAUGGUAGGGAGCCUUUAGUUAUAACUGAAAUCCAGAGGGGAAUUCCCUCUAGAAGUUCUUCGGCUGGGAAAUACCCGGCCAACUGUCACGAGUUUUAUGUAUUAUAAUAAUUAUAAAAUACAUAUCGAGAAAGUGCCGUUAAAACUGACCUGCCUAUCGAUAUUUCAGUCUGGGACUUUAUUACUUCGUUUUCAUACUUCAGAUUCAAUUCAUAGAGAUAAUUACCUAUACCUAAAAGGUUGACCAACAAAAUUUCAGGAUGAAAAAUAUGGAUGUGUAAGCAGGUUUAUUUGUAACAGUUGCGUGCCCAAUUAUAUAAAAAACCUGAAGAAUAAAUUAAUAUAUAAUAUACGUAUGCGAUGUAUAUAAAUUCCACUUUAAAUUCGUAUUCGAUCAUAUGUUCAUUUAGACGUCACAAAGUAUACUGUUCUAUAGUAUAGCAGUGAUUAAAAUUGUUUAGAAGGGUUUGUGUGAUGCGCUUUGGCCGUAUUGGUUCUUGGGUGGCAUGUUUAAUCGCCGCGACUUUAUGGUCAGUUACAAAAGUGACUAGCUCCUGCGAAAGUGGAGCAUAUUAUAUAAAUUGUACAGAUGUCGAUCAGCUGGAUGACGUAAGCUUGUGCCUGAAAAACUGUUUAGUGCGUCAUGGUAAGUACGGUAAAAUUCUUUGAAAGCAGGUCAUUUACCGGCGAUUUACGCCUGGCGAAUAGGCAUCGCUCGAAACGUCCAGUUUUUUUGUAGAACAUUGUCAUUAUACAGUAGUGCUUAUUUUUAAUUAUGUCUAAACUUGGCUACGCUAUCCCCAUAUUUACUGCCUGAUGUCUGUACAUAAUAAUCCCAAACAAUCUACCUUAUUCAUCACGCAGUUUCACAUGCUGACGUUUCACAUCCUUUUUUAAAAUCCUGUAGUGCGCUGGUGUAGCCGGCUACAUGCAUGAAUUUUUUGAGACGUGGAGUAAAGAAUAGGCGGAAGGAAAGGUUUAGUAUACUCUUUACAAACUACAAUGUACAAAAGCUGUAAGAUUCUAUUUUGUAGAAAGCAGUCACUGGCAGUCACUGACAGUCAAUUUCAGUGACACAAUGCAUGCCAAUUGUGUGCAGUGGGAAAUUUAAUAUGGCGUUGUUGGAAAUUUUUAAUAACGAAAAUUUAUUUGAUUAAGAAUAUGGAAAAUCACGAUAUGCUACACAGUUUCUUUCAGACAUAUAGUCUCUUUAGACCCAAAGAAAGAUGUAGAUAUUCUGUCUCUCUUGUUGGAUGGUAUAUAUGACAUCAGUGGAAUUUUCAGUAAUUAUAGAGAGGUUAAGAAGAUACCCCGGUUUCGGUGUACGGGUACGAGUAGUGUCAUCUUGUUUUACUGAUGUCUGUAAUUUGAUCAUACUUUUUCUGUUUUCUUGCAAUAGAUUAUAGACAAUGAUACUGUUAUUUGCUUCUCACUUUCAUUAACUUUUGAUAGUUUUAUUUCUUAUAGUAUAAUUCGCAUAAUAUAAACUCAUAACAUGUAUAUAUACUCUAUCUCUAAAAUCCCGUGUUCUACAACUAUUUCGCGCCCUUUACGUUCGUUCCCAGUUUUCCCUGUCCGAGCAAAUAUAACUAAAAUAUUAAUGUCAACAGUAAAUGUCCAACAUCUCCUCUUCUCUGAAAGUUUUUUCUUUAUAAAUAUACCGUAUAUAUACCGCGUUCCCUUAUGUGUCUAUACCUAGCCUGUCAGGUUUUUUAACUAACCGUCCACUACGUGUUUUGCUUGUAGAACUUGUUUCGGUACUUGUUUCAUUGCGUUCUAAGUGUGCUGGUUGAGGGUUUUCUUGGGGCAGAUCAUUGUCAGUAGGUACAGAAACGUUCUCUUCCGCUUCGGACAUGUCUGACAUCUCUUCAUCUGCGUUUUCACUACCGAAUUCUGCAGGUAACCUUGAUCGUCGGAUGAAUUUUCUGUUUCUAGUAUAGGUAUACCCUUUGCAUUGGACUUCAUAUGAUCUUAUCCCGGCUUUGCGUACGACUAUCCCUCUCUUCCAUUUCUUUUCGCCGAUUCGGGUUGGCCGUAGUCUCAACACUUCUCCUUUCCGCAACGGGCUGAGCUCUUUUGCGCCACGAUCGUGGUAUUUCUUUUGGAGCUGUUGUCUUUGUUGAAUGCGUUUGUUUGCUAAUAAUUAAAUUGAGUAAACAAUUUGAUGAAAAUGUUAGAGUGUUAAAGUUUUGUCUGAGUUAGAUUUUUUUAUGAAUUUUGAGUAUUCGUGAUUUAGCUUCUUAAUACAGUGUUAAAUUCGGUAAUUUCUUCCAACCUUUGGGGAAAUAAUAUACAUGCUAUAUGCGCAUAUGCUGUACGCAACUGACUAUAUAAGAUUGUAUAUUUCAUGCAAUACGAAUAAUAUAGAGGUUUUAAUGUAGAUUAAGCAAGGUAGAAUACAAUCAUUACAUCAGAAUUAAGUUUUAAUACUGUAUAUUUUAUUUUAUUUCUUCUUCAUAAUCUAGUCAUCAUUUUGUUAGUUUUUAUCUACUAUUUUAUUGUCCUUUUCAUUGAACAAAUCAUUUAAUAAUAUUUUGUGGAUUUUCUAAAAAUAAAAGACUUUUUCGGAAGAUCUAUAUAUUUCAAUUUCAAUUUUGUGAAAUGUUUUAACCACUAAAUUUGGUUGACAUAAAAUCGCGAGUAUGAAUUCUAAAACUUACCGAAACAUGAUCAUUAACUGAAAUACCUUCGUUAUGUUAAUUGGUAAUGUGUGACCAAUCUGAAGGAAAUGAAAAAGCAAAGAGGAUUUUGCAAAUUAAGUCGGAUGAAAUGCAAACAAUGCAGCAAACUUGAAAUUCAUCUAACAUAUAAUUAACUAAGAAAGAUCUGGAAGCUGCUCCUUUUAAUGUUCGGAGUACUCCGGAUUUUCGGAACACUAAUGGAAUGGAACAGAAGACAGUCACGUGACUGUUUUGAACUGUUCUGACUACCCCGAUAUUCGAGUAGCCAGAACAGACACGUGACACUGCCCAUUUUCACUUGAUUUGAAAUGGAGGCGACAGAUUUUGUGUAUCCAAUGCACACUGCAUAGAGUGUUAUUUUGAAGGGUUAACCGCUAUAUUUCGAUAUAUACUUAUUAUAUGCUAUUUGAACGCCAGGGUUGGGCAAAAUAUGAGUAAAAACGUUGCAAAAGCAUACUUAGAUAUAUAAAUAACAUCAAAUCAUUAUACGAUUUAUUAUGUGAAUAACUAAUGAAUAUAGUAAUGCAUGGUUGCACGCAUAUAAUAAACUAAACACUGUUCCAGAACACCGUGUGCACUCCAUUUCAUAUCGUUCCAGAACAGUGUUCCAAAUGUUCCAGAACAGUAUUCCAAAUGUUCUAGAACAGUAAAUGGAGCAGCCUGGAGGUGAUCCAAUUUUAUGCGUUAUGCAAUUUUAUGCGUUAUGCAUGUGUUUAGUUAUAAUUUAUGCGCAAAAGAAAAUAAAUUAGAAAUCAAUCUUUGAGGAGCUUAUUAUAUGAGGAGCUUACUAUACGUAACCUGUAUGAGCUGACCAUACACGGAUUUUUGGACUUAUUAUUUGGUAGAUAUGAUCGAACUGAAAGAAACUUACGCGUAGAAACUUUAUUUAUUUGCAGUAUAUCUCAAUAUAUUAUCCGGUAUCGCUACUGCAAAGACGACAUGCACGCAUCCCCAAAUUCACGUGGAUAAGAUUUUGUUGGCGUAACUUUUGCUGCCAUAUCGAAAUUCAAUUUAUAGUUGUGAACUACGCUCCUGGUUUGGUACAACGCUUUUACAUUAUUAUGAUAAAUUAUUUGAUAAAUAAUUGCAUAAUUUAGCGUAACCAUGCAAUCAUAUUCCAGAAGCAAUCGUCCAAUCACUAUUCUUCAGAAGUGCCCUGCCCGGAUCGGGGCUUUCUUCUCUCCUCUCCGUUCCUCGGGGCACAACUAGAAAGCCCUGGGAACGAGGUUGGGGACUCACUUUUCAAUUUAUUUUGCUGAACCAGCAUUAAUGACUGCAUGUAUGUAUAAAACGCUUCUUACGGGCGUGCUCAGAAAUGCGCCAAUGUCGUUCAUAUCUAACGCACAACACAUGACCCUGUAUAUAAUACAUGCAUGCAUGCCGAUUCCGGAUUUUUAACAUCACAAAUUUUUUGAAGAUGAUACAUGCAUAGACGCUUUCGAUUUUCAAGUCGAUUUUUCGAUGUUGAUUCAGUCAUGGCCAUGCAGCUUUUUUAUUAUUGCAUCUUUUUUAUGGCUCUUUGAAAUAUACUAAGAAUAUUAAGAUAACUAGCGUAAUAAAUGAUACUGAAAGCCAACAGAGAUGUCUGCAUGCAUGUGAUGCAUAUUAUGACGUUAUAAAAUGUGACGUACUGAAAGUAUAUCUAUUAUAUGUAUUCUUCAGGUACCUCAAACAAACCGACAAAUCCCGAACAAAGCCAGACAACACAAGAACUACGAGAUCGUCAAUGCAAAACCAGUGAAAGAAAAUUGAAUCACGUUCUUGCCUUCGUAGUGUUUCUGGUAGGCCUGAUAAUUGGAAUUCUCAUUCCUUUUUUCAUCCGCCGAAUUAGAAGUCCAGUGGAGGAAAUGGCGAAACGAUCAUUCAGUAUAGUGCAUCAAUUUGUGUUUACAAACCCAAUAGAAGAAACAUUGCCAACAAACAGCACUGACGAUGAGUAACAUUGUUAGUAUACUUAAUUUCGUUUUAUUAACUAAAUAAAAUAUUAUACAUGAAAAAAAUAAUCGGCGGAGUGCCAAUAAAAGAAAUACAGUGCUCAAAAAGAAACACGCGGAAUCCGAAAGCACCAAGACAAAAUACAUUUCAUUUAAAGGGAUAUUGCCAAUAGAAAUUAACUUUCUUAUUUGAAAGAACUUUUAAAGUUUUAUAUUUAUGAAGACCCAUUACAACUUUUUCGUACCUUGCUUGGUUUUCGAAAUAUUUUGACCAAAAACAGUGUGCAGUCCGCUAUCUUGGUAUUAUAAUUUACCAAAUUAACUGAGUUUUUGAUGACAUAACAAGCAGAGUAAACUUGUUAAAACUUCUUCACGUGGGACUACAUUCCUUCGAAAUGUUUCUUAAACUGUUGUGAGUUAAUUGCAGGGCC